GAAUUGACCAGGACAGGUUAGAAUCUAACCUUGGUGCAGCUACGGAGACCUACAUUAACAGUGUUUCUGGAACGAAAUGCUCUGGUAAUCCCAUUUUGUUGUUAAAAGGAUGUCGCGAUGAUGUUUCAAGGAAUAAUCAUGAAAGACGAGAUCGUUUGCUCACAUUUCUACGAGGAUCAAAGAAAAACCAGCUAUUAUUCAAAAAGAGUUAUCCGGAUGAAUACAAGUAUUUCACGAAUGUAUGGGAUGUGAGGAAUAACCACAUGGUGAAAGACCUGCCGGACAACUAG